UUGAGUUACAAAUGCACAGGAGAAGCGCUUGCGUGACAUUUUUUCACAUUAAGGUGCAGCCACUUCUUCUUCUUCUUCUUGGAUUUAGGAUUGUCCCACGAACAGAAAAGAUCCCCACGUUAUUCCUGUGUAUGUGUUUUAUAUCCCGUUCCUACAAAACGCAACACGACCAGGACUGUAAUUGGUAGCAACGCACUCAGGAUUAUUCUGACUGAGGACGAUUGCGGGACAUUUAAAUAACUCACAAUAAUGUGAACGGACUUCUUAACAUUAUGGAUGAUGGACGGAAAAGGAAGUUGACGUUUUUUACCAUCGGACUCAUCUUCCUGUUGAGCGGCGUGGAAUAUGCUGUGAUACUUCCUACAAUAUGGAAGUAUUUGCAAACACUAGAUGCACCUCCGUACUUCCUGGGCUUGACCCUAUCAGCAUUCAGCCUGACCGGCCUCCUGUCGGGCCCGCUGUUUGGUCACUUGUCCGACAGAACGCGAACCACCAAGAAUAUAAUCUUGUUUGCCAACCUUUUUGAGAUUGUGGGUAACUUUAUGUACUUUAUGGGUUUCUCCAAGUGGCUCCUAUUGUCAAGCAGACUGGUGGCAGGCAUUGGCACGGGAGCCGGCUCGUGCAUCUUCGGUUUCCUGACGAGAAGCACACCCCCAGAAGAUCGCGCUACAGUGUUUGCAGCUGUCAUGGUGUGUCGACAAGUGGGCCUUCUAAUUGGUCCAGCUUUUAACAUCUUCCUGCGACUGUGUGAUUUCCACUUGGGUCCUUUUGUGGUCAAUACCUUCACCGCACCAGGGCUAUUCAUGUGUUUUCUGUGGAUUCUUCUUCAACUGGCUGUGAUCUUCAUGUACUGGGAUCUUCCACCUCUGGAAAGGGGGAAAGACACGUUUAAAGCCGAGCACAGCGUCCUUGAGAAUGAACAAGAGAUUGAGGGAGAUGAGGGCGAGGGCAAUGAAGAAGGAAAGCCGCUAAUGCGCUCCCAGGAGCUGUUGGGAUCCUACGGCUCAGUGGUCGCCGAACACUCGCACAGGGAUGGCACUACUGUGACUUCCGAUCCAACCCUGAAUCAUAUUUCCUCAUCUCCCGAGCCAGCAAAGUCACAGGAAUCCUCGAGUCCCUCCAAGAAUUUCAGCCUCUCUCGCGAGUUCCUGAGAGAGGAGGUGGUUGUGCUGUUGGCGGCUCAGUUCAUCACCCUUUUUAAUCAGACAGCCCUGGAGACUAUGGUGACUCCACUGACACAGAAGUUCUUCAACUACGGGGAGUUGGAGAACAGCGUCAUGUACUGUCUCUGCGGCGUGGAGGUCAUCGCUGGCUUCCUCUUUGUGCGCUGGCUAAGCCAGCGUUUUGCUGAGCGAGUGAUUCUUGCUGUCGGCCUCAGUAUUUGCAACAUUUCCUGUGUCUGGUGCCUCAUCUUCCUGGCUAAGCCGCUAGGUGGUUUCUCCUGGCAGCUGACGGAGUUUGUCAUCGGCGUAUUCCUGCAGGUUCUGGGUCUGCCAUUUGUAGCGGUUGCCCAGGUUUCUCUCUUUUCCAAAAUUACUUCUGAGAAAACGCAAGGUUUCAGUCAGGGCGUGCGUCGCUCAGUCGGAGGUCUCGCGACCAUUCUGGGCCCGCUGUGGGCUGGUGGCCUCACUGACAACAUGUAUAUCAUGAUGGGGGUGAUGAUGGCGCUGCUGGCAUUACUAACGAUGAUGCUGGCCUUCUCCUACAAGCAGCUGGUGGAACCAUCCCGAGAGGAGGAAGCAGAAAGCAGAGUCAGCUGUUAAUUCAGUCGAUUGUGAAGCUUUGCACACAAACGAAGAUCGGAGGACUGUUUGGUGAAUAUGUUUAUUUCCCAUGGAAAUAUGGACUCCAACUGACAUAUUUGUCCAAUUGUAGUAUGGUAAUUAUUUUCAUUGUUUUUGUUAAUUUAUGCACAUUAGUUACCAACAAAAUACCACACAUUUUUAAUGUGUGCCUCAACACUUAAUAUUUAACAGUUUGAACUAAAGGUUAAAACCUCAUUUAUAUUUGAUAUACGUUGUUUUUAUAUUUAGAUUAUUAAGCGUGUCUUUGCUUGAAACUAAGCGCAGCAAAAAAAUGAGUCAGAUUUGUUUUUAACAUGUAUUACUUAUAUUGAACACUAGGGGGCACACUUGGACUUCUAAAGUAGACAGCAGUUGAACUUUUCUUCCAUGUCAGCAAAGUAAGGUCAGAUUUUUGUGUGGGAAACUGUUUUUGUUUUUAAAUAUUAUAUGCAGCAAUUUACCAAUGUUACUCUUUUGGUAGGAUUUCCACAAAACCAAAAAAUCUGUACAGAAAUUGUAUUUUUGUCUUUUUUUUUUACCCCAAACAUUCACUGUCUAUAAAUAGUUGAUUCCAAUGCUUUUACUAAUUUUUAUUUGCUAACCAUUUGCUCUCAAUGUUCUUUUUGUUGAAAAUGUAUUGUUAUAAGUUAUUAAACUAUGUAUGUCAAACAUCA